CUGGCCAGCAGCAGCGUUGAAAUGACACCGUGGGAAAGCCGAGCGCUUCAAACGGAGACGCUCCGGGCGAACCUGGACAGAAGCACGUCUGGCAGACUCGAAGUGACACACUGAAGGAACUACCGUGGACGAGACAACAUGAAAAGGAAUCACGACUUUAGCUCCUCGGACAGCGAGCUGGAUGAGACUAUCGAGGUGGAGAAGGAGAGCGCGGAUGAGAAUGGGAACAUGAGCUCUCCUCUGGGCUCCUUGUCUCCCACCACAUCCACUCAGGUGCAGGCGAGGAAAAGACGCAGAGGGAUUAUUGAGAAACGGCGCCGAGACAGAAUCAACAACAGCCUCAGUGAGCUCCGCAGACUGGUUCCCAGCGCCUACGAGAAACAGGGUUCAGCCAAACUGGAGAAAGCAGAAAUUUUGCAGAUGACUGUCGACCAUCUGAAGAUGCUUCAUGCUGCUGGAGGCAAAGGCUACUUUGACGCCCACGCCCUGGCGAUGGACUACCGUGGUUUGGGUUUCAGGGAGUGCCUGGCCGAGACCGCCCGCUACCUGAGCAUAAUCGAGGGCCUGGACAGCACCGACCCCCUGCGCAUCCGCCUGGUCUCCCACCUCAACAACUACGCCAGCCAGCGGGAGGCCCACUCCGGCCUCGGCCACCUGGCCUGGGGCUCCGCUUUCGGAUCCCCUCCGGCCCACCUGACUCACCCCCUCCUCCUGCAGCACCAGCAGGCCGCCCCGCUGGCCCCUCUCCCCCGCAGCACCACCAGCAGCCCGCAAACUCCCCUGUCGUCCACCUCAUCCCCCUCCUCCUCUUCCUCCUCCGCUUCCUCCUCCUCGUCUUCCUCGUCCUCCCUGGUGGCAGAGACUAGGCGCAGUGGCAGCGUCACCCCCCACUCGGAUCAGGGUCCCAUCCGGGUUCCCUCCUCCACCACCGCCGCUCCCACCACCGUCCUGCACCCGGCCCUGGUCCCCUCGUCGGCGUCCAAGCUCUCCCCCCCUCUCCUCUCCUCUCUCUCGGCCUUCCCCUUCGCCUUCAGCACCUUCCCCCUGAUCUCCCCCGCCACCGCCAUCAGCCCCCCAGCCCAGACCUCCAGUGUGGGGAAACCCUACAGACCCUGGGGGAUGGAGAUAGGAGCCUUCUGACUGAAAUGACUCUCUGCAUAUAGAGCUGGACUCAAGGACAAGACUUUAUUUUCCCUGCUAAGAAAGCGCUAUUUUUUCUAUGAUGAUGAUGAUGAUGAUGACAUCCCACAGAGGAUAUACCUAGUUAUAAGUUUUUUAUUGUGUUGGUGUUGUUGUUUUUAUUUGUAUAGAAGAAGACAAAAAUAAAUCAGUAAGAAGACGAGGGAGACCACGACUGAAAAAGCAACCAGAGUGAUUUAUUGUGUUGAUUGAUCUCAGCCCUUUAGAAGUUUCGCCCACUGUAGUCGGCCGAUUGGGGAUGGCUUUUCCAGAUGGUCAAGCAGUCGCUGCCUGUCAAGUUCCAGGGCGAAAGUGUCCCCCCGCUUCCUUUCCCUUUGUUAUCCUGAGGUGCAACGCUAAGUGUUGGUGCCCUGGUUACAGAGGGGGGCCAUGGGGUUGAGAGUCACCCCCUUUUUACAGCAUUUUAUGGGGUGGAAUAACUGAAACCAGGUGUUUGUUUGACUAAAUACUGGGAACAGAAGUUAGCUACCAGCUCGGUCAAAAUAACCUUAACCAUGAUUUACCCACAAGCUCUAAAUGUUCCUAUGGUGCUCUAUUGUUUAAGUAAAUUCUUUCCUUAACAAUCCAGGCUUCACGUGUUUUUACCAGCUUUUGCCACACGUUUUCCCCUCCUAAUGUGAAUGAUGUUAGGCUGAUUCUUUUUAUCACCUCGUUUCUGAGUUAUUUCCUUGUAUUUGUUCCACGCAGCAGCAUUAUCAGUCAAAACAGUAGCAGCAAAACACGGCAAUGCAAUUCAAAUCUGUGCAUUCAUCUCUACAUCAUCAUUCCAGGCUGUUGCUUUUGGGCCGCCGAGCAAACCUCACUGUCAGUUUGUAUAUUUUACAGUUGUACAAAGCACAAACAAGCACUGACAAAUCAGAUUUCUCCACUUUUUUUCUUUCAAAGUUGUUGCUGUUGUGGUAAUAAUGACAACUUCCCUGCAAUAAAAACGAGCUCUGAUGAA